AUGAUAGACAUUGGUGAAAAUAAAAUUCAUGGUAACAUUCCUCCACAACUAGGACAUCUCUCUAGUCUUGAAGGACUAUAUCUUGGAUCGAAUGCGCUAUCAGGUGAAGUUCCUGUUAGAAUUUUCAACAUUUCUUCACUAAAAGUAAUAGCAGUUGCUGCGAAUACUCUGUCCGGUAAACUUCCUUCAAACUUAGGCUAUAGUCUUCCAAAUCUUGAAGGACUUUAUCUUGGGAUUAAUAAUUUUAGUGGUACACUUCCUAGCUCUAUCUCAAAUGCCACUAAGCUCAAAUUUCUUGAUCUUGGAAGGAACAUGUUUAGCGGAAACGUACCAAUUGAUCUAGGAAUAAAUCUCCAGCAGAUUCAAAGCAUCAACUUUCAGAGGAAUAUGCUUACAAAUGCUCCUUCUUCCACGGGCGAAAUAAGUUUUCUAAAUUCCUUCUCACAUUGCAAGUACUUGAAAUUUUUAAUGAUUGGAAACAACCAAUUUAAUGGCAUUCUUCCGAAAUCAUCCUUAACUAAUAUGUCGUUGUCUCUUGAGAGGUCAUCGCCUUUUACUGUGGAAUCAGGGGGGAAAUCCCAGUUGAAAUUGUUAAUUGGUCCUUUGGCAUCGGAGAUUGGAAACAUGGGAGGUUUAAGUGAGUUAUAUCUAUCAAGAAAUGAGUUGUUUGGUCCAAUUCCAAGCACCAUAUUACAGCUUCAGAAAUUGGUAUUUCUUGCAUUAGAUAUGAAUAGGUUAGACGGUACUAUACCUAAGUCAUUCGAAAAAAUGGUCAGCUUGGAGUACUUGGAUCUGUCACAAAACAAUUUGACGGAUCAAAUUCCAGAGUCGUUAACAAAGCUUGAGCAUCUCAACUAUCUGAAUGUCUCUUACAAUGAGUUAUCAGGUGAAAUACCAGAUGGAGGGCCUUUUGGUAAUUUCACAGCUGAAUCGUUCAUCGGCAAUGAAGAGUUAUGUGGACCGCCUAGAUUCCAAGUCAAGGUGUGUGAAGUCCAGAACAAUGUAACAAGAAGAAACAGGAAGAAAACAGUACUAAAAUUUGUUCUUGGACCAGUUGCAGAUGGAGGUUUAGUCAGAGGGGUUUUAGGCAUGAUAUGGUUGUUGAAUUAUCGGAAACGAAACAACCAACUUAUUCCUUUAACUGAUUGGUAUGAUCAGUUAUCACACAAAAGGUUUCCUUACUAUGAAAUUGUUAGAGGGACUAACAACUUUGACGAAUCAAAUUUGAUUGGAAAGGGAAGCCUUGGUAUGGUUUAUAAGGGGACAUUUACAAAUGGGACUAUAGUUGCUGUAAAGGUUUUCAAUGCACAAGUGCAAGAUGCAUUCAAGAGGUUUGAUUUGGAGUGUAAGGUUUUACGUAACGUUCGACAUAGGAAUCUUGUUAAGGUGAUAAGUUGUUGUUCAAAUCUUGAUUUCAAGGCAUUGGUGUUAGAAUACAUGCCUAAUGGAGAUCUUGAUUAUUGGCUUUACUCACACAAGGUCAUGCACUUGUUGUGGUCCAUUGCGACUUGA